AUGGAUUUUUCCUUGGAGGCCCCCGAGUGUGGAGAACCUGAAACGCGACCCGCCAUCCUCUACAAGGUCAACUUCACAUAUUUCGGCGUCAUCUCCUUUACUGUAACUAGUAUCAGCAUCCUCGUUAUCAGUUUCUUCACGAUGCCAAGCGAUAAGAUUAGUGGCUUAACAUGGUGGACUAGAAAUGAUGUUCAGCACCACGAGGAACAUACACCUUCACCAACUAAAGGUAUCCAGAAUAGCUUGUGUCGUAAGCACAGGGGCACGGUCCGAAGCUACUUCUUGGCUGGAAGGUCUAUGUCAUGGAUUCCAGUUGGGGCCUCGUUGUUUUCGAGUAAUAUAGGCAGCGAACACUUCAUAGGACUGGCGGGUACAGGGGCGGCCAGCGGACUAGCCAUUGUGAUGUACGAAUGGCUGGCAAUGCCGCUGUUGAUCGUCCUCGGAUGGAUAUUUGUACCAGUAUACGUCGCCGCAGGGGUGUACACAAUGCCAGAGUAUAUGACCAAGAGGUUCGGAGGCCAGAGGAUACGUCUAUACCUCAGCAUACUUGCCAUGGUGCUGUACAUUGUCACCAAACUUGCGGUUAGUAUAUUCGCCGGAGCCCUGUUUAUUCAGCUGUCCAUGGGCUGGAACAUGUACUUGUCAAUAGCCGUUCUGCUUGUCGUUACAGGAUUAUUUACCAUUCUAGGUGGUUUGGCUGCAGUCAUCUACACAGACACCUUUCAAACAGCCGUUAUGCUCAUUGGUGCUUUAAUUAUGACAGUGAUGGGUUUCAACAAAAUUGGAGGCUACUCAAAUCUUCAACCACUGUACAUGAACGCCACAGCGUCAUUGCGGAACGCCAACAACACGUGCGGUAUGCCGCGCGACGACGCUUUUCACGUGCUACGGGACGCUGUGACAUCAGAUACCCCGUGGUUGGGCACCAUACCGCACAUAUUGUUUGGAUGCAUGUGGUACUUCUGUUGUGAUCAGGUCAUAGUCCAACGGUCCUUGGCGGCUCGUUCGCUACCCCACGCUAAGGCCGGUUCAUUGGUGUCCGGCUAUCUGAAGAUACUGCCCAUGUUCAUCAUGAUCAUGCCCGGUAUGAUAUCUCGAAUCCUGUACCCAGACGAAAUCGGAUGUGUUCUGCCUGAGGAGUGCGAGCGCCACUGUGGUAACCCUGUCGGUUGCUCGAAUAUUGCUUACCCAAAACUUGUACUAGAACUUUUGCCAGCCGGACUCCGUGGGCUGCUAGUGGCGGUGAUGCUGUCAGCUAUCAUGUCCUCAAUGACAUCAAUCUUUAACUCCGCAUCCACAUUAUUCGCCAUGGAUCUUUGGCCACGCAUCCGACAUGGAGCUUCACAGAGGGAACUGCUCAUCGUCGGCAGAGUCUUUAUCCUUGUCCUCUGCGUCUUGAGCAUACUGUGGAUUCCACUGGUGAAAUCUUCAAAAAGUGGUCAACUGUUCAUGUAUAUACAGGCAGUCCAGGGCUACCUUGGAACACCACUAGGACCGAUUUUCAUAUUCGCCAUUUUCUGGCAUAAAAUGUCUGAAAAGGCAGCGUUUUGGUCGCUAGUGAUUGGUCACGUGUGCGGAGUGACCCGGAUGGUAAUGGACUUCUCCAUGGAGGCCCCCGGGUGUGGAGAACCUGAAACGCGGCCCGCCAUCCUCUACAAGGUCCACUUUACCUAUUUCGGCGUCAUCUCCUUCACAAUCACUAGUAUCUGCAUCGUCGUCAUCAGUUUCUUCACGGAACCGAGCGAUAAGAUUAAUGGAUUGACGUGGUGGACCAGAAAUUAUAUUCAGCACGAGGAAGAACAUAAGCCUUCACUUAGUAAAGAAAACGACGAAGAUGUAACGCAAUCGGAUCAAGGCUUUGAAAAUGACGUCACUAGAAAGAGUAGCUCCGAAAAUGACGUCACAAGAAACCAUGUUGUCGUCAUGAUGUACAAACUGUGUGGAAUUCCUCUUAAGGCGUCAGCGACUUUGGACGAUUCCAAAGAAUUUCUAUAUAAGGAGACGUUUAUGAAAGAAGACCCUUUAUGGAAAAAUAUUUUAAAUAUUAACGCAGUGAUAGGAUGCCUGGUGGUUGUGUUUCUUAUGGGAUAUUUUCACUGA